GUAUUUGUGUUACGAAUGCUAGGGAUUUUAUACUUUGGACGCACUGCUCAAGCGUGUAACUAACUUGUAUACAAUCGCCUGUUCUCCACAUAAAUACCACAACAAACGUGAAGAAUGUUUAUAAGAUUUAUCCGAACGUUUCGAUAGCCCUUUCCUUUAUGAAAUUCACGUAUGUACACGAAAACUGUUAACGUUUAUUUAGUAUUAUUAGAUUUCGAAUCAGAAUGAAAUCGAGUGAGACUGAACCAACCAAGAGAUCGCGGUGCAGAUUGAAAGAAACGUUCGUUGGUUGACCAUCGGUGAAUGAAUAAUUAAUGAGAUCUAAUUAAUUAGAACUCAAUGCCUCUCGGCAGCAAACCUGAGUGUGUUAAGUGUGGGACUCGGGAAACCCCGCUUUGGCACUCUACCGAAGCCGGUAACCUUUGCAAUGCUUGCCUUGAAGAGGAAAGAAAUUCUGAGGCGGGUACAACUACGAAAAUCGAGGACGAAGACAAAGGAGGAUCGUUGAGACCUACCAGGAGAAGUACAAGGAUCACAAGAUAUUGUAACUCAAAAUCUGCUGGGCCGCACAAAGUGGUACCUAAGGGGAAAGGACGAAGAAAUUUAUUCAAGAAAACUCCGGUUAAAGCACCAACAGCCACAGCAACUCCAGUUACAAGUAAUUAUGUAUUUUAUAAAGGCACUUAUUUUCAAGUGGGUGAUAUAGUCUCUAUGCAAGAUAUUGAUGGAGGAAUCUAUUAUGCCCAAAUUCGUGGCUUGCUCACUGAUCAGUACUGCGAAAAAAGUGCUGCUGUUACUUGGCUUCUGCCUACUACGGCAAGCCCACCACCAGAUGAAGGAUUCAGUCCUGAAACAUACAUUAUAGGUCCAGAAGAAGACCUUCCACGAAAAUUGGAAUGCAUGGAAUUUGUGAUGCAUGCACCUUCAGAUUACUAUAAACUAAAAAAUUCACCGUAUCCACCACCACUCACAGAAAGAGGCACUGGAUACGUAUGGACAACACUUAGGAAUGAAAUUGCUAUAUCUAGAAAAUAAUGUUUUAUUAUAUAAUUCUCUAUCAUCGUAAAGUUGUUAGUUAAAUAAUUCUCGUGAAUCCUUGAAAAAUAAAAAUUAUAAUGCAGUAUUAUAAUA